GUGGUUCGCCCUGGGUCUCCGUGGUCUUGUCAGGAGGAGGGAGGGAGCCUAUUUGGCGGCAAAAUGACCGGACUCUUCUUCAGAGAGCUUUUCCCUUAAAGAGGCUUUACAAUUUUAACCAAGAAUGAAUUAUAUUUAUUCAUAAAGCCUCCACCUGAGUGAAGGCUUUUAAAUUUGAGAAUUCGAAGCACCGCUGCUUUCCGCUCCACUCCAGUAUACUUGUGAAAUUGAUGCCUUGAAUUGUCACACACAGAGUGCAUAGUAUGGCUUGGUUUGUUUGCUUUUAAUCUUUAUUAUGCCGUGUAGCUGUUGAUGAGCAUGUUGGUGAUGCAUUUCUGACGUAAAUCUCUCAGUACAAAGUUGCUUAAUUGCAUUUUAAUCUGUGAGAUUAAAGCACAUGCUGGCCUCAUAGUCUCAAAUUAGUCUAUGUCAUUGCUUUACAAUGUAUAAUUUUUCUUAUUCUUAAGGAUUAGUUCAGCUAGUCCCAGAACGAUUUAACUUCUUUUGUUGUUCGCCUUUGUAGAUGGAAAAAGUCCGGAUAGGUUAAAAUUUCCACAGAGAUAUAAUCCUGAAAAAAAUGGAGACACAUACAUUUUUCUUGUAAAGGAAUAUACCUAAUGAUAAAGAUGCUUCUAGGUGAGCAAGAACAAUUCUUGUCCUACAAUGGAGAAAUCCUUAUAUUUCAUCUGUCAAAAACAAAACAUGCAGAGGGAGCAGCUGAUAAAACAAUGAAUUUAUGUGUCAGAAGAAUGACGUUCAACAGAGACACUAAACUCUUUGUUCAGAAGUCUUCUGGAGUAUUCAGCAUGCGUGCCAGUCACUUAAAAAUGGAAAUUAUUUGUUGUAGCUGCACAACAGAUUCCAGGACAGGGAUUAUUCUUCCCUGCAUUUUGCUGAAAAAGAAAAAACGGAACAAUGUUUUCACAUACCUUAUAUUGUUGCUUCACAGCUCAAAUCAGUUUGAGCAAUCCUUUCAUUUUAAAUUGGAUUAUGAGGUGAAAGAAGACAUCAGGUUGUUUGCUGGCCCUUCAGUUUUGUGGAGGCAUGCCAACAAGCUGUUCUACAUCUCUUCCAACACCUGCACAGUUCUAAGUGCUCCUGUUCAUCUUUCUUCUGUUGUGUGGACAGGUGAAAUUGAGGAUGAAGGCACUGUUGUCUUAGGGAUAAGAACUGCUUGCCUGCCAGAGGGUGAAGAUGAGGAUGAGUUUUCCACUCUAGACAGAACCAUCUGGGGUAGUGAGUUCUUCGGAUAUGCAAUUGAGUCACAAAAAAUGCUAACUGGCACAUGCUUUAUGCCUCAUGCUUAUAGCAGAGUGGUAUCUUCUGUUUAUGUCUGCAAGAAUGAGAUAUUGAAAAAACAGCUCCGCAUAUCACUUGUUGCCGUAACUCACAAGAAUCAGCUUAUUUGGUUCCAAGAUGGGCUCCCUAAAGGUGUUUGUGAGCUUCCUUAUGAGAAACCAUAUUCAGUAAAACCAGCUGUAACCAGUGGCAAGGAAUUAUUAUUUAUUGUGUCUUUUGCUUCCGGAAAUAUUUGUGUUGUACAGAGGAGAGACAGCUUACAGGUGGCUUCCAAAUGGCAAGAAGUGAAGUCUCUUCUGGUGGAUGAUUUUAUUGGCUCUGGAAGUGAGCAACUGUUACUGCUUUUUAAGGAUGACUCCAAUUCAGACGUGUUAAGUACAUUCAAAAUAACAGAUCUUGGAGCGGUCAACUAUGCAAGCAAUAUUAAUUAUAAACAUGUUGUUCCUGCUGCAGAAGGAUUGCAAGAGAAUGGUUUGCUUACUGUCCGAGCACUUGAAACAAGAUUACAGGCUGGUUUUACCUCUGUUCAAGAGCUACAGCAGCAUUUAAGACUCAAAAAGAGGGUUAUUCUUGAAUCUUGCAGAGCAUUAAUAGAUCUUGUUGAAGAAAGAACACAUAUUCUACCAACUGCAAAAGAGGAAGGUCUUGUCUCUCUCUGGGAUGAUGUAGAAAAUCCUCCUCAUUCUCUUAGUAAAGAGACAUCACUGGCAUCUAAAGUCCCAGAGCACUUCAUAGAGAAAUUGUGGCAGCGUGUUGUGGGUGACAGCUUGGUAAUUGGAGUAAAACUAACUGAAUCAUUUUACUUGUCACUGAGUGAUGUCAGUUUAUCUCUAGUGAUGGAUCAAAACUUCUCUUCGACUUCCCCCAUUAUCAAGUGUCAAAAUAAAAUCAUUAAGCUGAACAAAGCCUUCUCAGCAUUGGCUGUGUCCCCGUGUCAAACUGAGCCCCCUCCGAAAAAGAUGAAAUUGGACUUGCACAGCAAGAAUGAUCUGAAAAAAGAGUUUUCUAAGAGAUGUUCAAGGGUUCAGCUGGAUGAAACAAAGACAGUCACUGCUGUUACCAAUCUUUCACCAUUACUGGCAUUUCAUCGUGUAUGUUGCAUAGUUCUUCUACAUGCAAAGAAACAAAAACAUUUACAGGAGAGUAAAAAGAUUACUGUACUCUGUGGGAAGAUUUUGUUAAGUCUGGAAGAUAUUUCAAAUGGAAAAUAUUCAGUAACAAUGCUAAGGGAUAAUAGUUACUGUACAGGUUCCAUGGAAGAUAUACAUGCUGUCCUUGCAGUAUCUGUCAGAUUCUCCUUUCAAAUUGUGUCUUCUGACUGCACACUGACUCCAGUAAAUUCAUGGCUAUUGGGAGAAAUGGAGUGCACGCCAUUUAAGGAAUACCAUGACAACGUAUUCUGUCAUAAAGCAGGAAAUGUGUAUGGUACAGUUUUCAACUGGACACUGAAAAAUCCAUUUGAAGGAGUUCUAACGUUAUUUUGCAGAAAUCUGACUGUCUUGUUCCAGUGCCUUCAUAGCCUUACUAGAGUUCUCCCACCAAGCUGUGACGUAAAACUCCUGACAUCUGGAAGCAAAGGUGUACUUACUGAACAGUUAGCACUGGCUUUGGAAAAAGAAAUGCUCACCUCAAGGAGUUUGUUCUUCUCAAAAGAAAGUAAAGCUGAAAACAGUUUCACGUGGGGGAAUGAGCCUGGCAAGAAAAUCAGUGAUGCUCCUGUGGCUUCUUUACUGGACAGUGAGGAAGGAGUUCAGCAGUUCAGAAAGAAGUUUCAGAAUGAACGGGAAGAGAGUGUGCUAAGUAUGAAUCAAACAAUGAAUGGUGCCCUUUACCAGGAACUUGCUUUGAAAAUAGCAGAAGCUCAGCUCAGUUCAGAUAUGAUUGUGUGGAGACUGAGCAAGUCCUAGAAACUAGUCACUAAAUUUAUUUUUAAUAAAGAUUUUUUUUAAAUUACAUUAUUAAAUAGUAUUUAUAUUUUCAUAGGUACUUACAUUUUUAUUACAUAGCUCAAUUAUUUCUACAGGUAAAUACUGGUAUUUUGGUUGAUGACUUAUAGCUGGUUUGGCAAGAAUUUAAUAUCAAAGACAGCUGAGUCAUUAUUUUGUUACAAAUUUUGAAAAUAUUAUUUUUAUGGUAUUUGAUAAUAAGUCCUAUUCCAAAGUCAUAAUUCCUGAACAAAAAAAAGCACUGCCUGUGAUCUUCAGGUACUACCUGCUGAGGUAGUGACUUUUUAAAUCAUGUUUUUCCACUGUUUUUCAGCUUUGUGAGUCACAGAAUGCUUAGAAAAUACCAAAUCACAACAAUUUACUUUCCUGUAUCUCUGCCUUAUGUAAGCAGAACAUUCCUAGUGUUUGUCACCAUUUUUCCAAAGUUGUCAAAAUGUUGCUUUUCGGUUUUCCUAGAAGCAGAGUUUUAAUAGUUAACAUCUGCAGCAUGUACUCUGAUAAUAAAAGUUUGGCAGGAAGAACGGAAGUUAUGUUUUGACUCAAAGGAACACUGACAUUUCAGAAUAAUUAUAUAUCUUUUAUUCAUCAGAAAGUUCAACUUCUGCAUGUAUGUCUUCCAGAAGCAUUGGAGUGGUGACGAUUUUCAGUGUGAGGCAUCUUCUCAUACAGGCAACAGGAGUAAACCAAUGCACAUCUAAAGACAGAACACUAGCUAGAAAAACAAUAAAUGAGAGAAUGUUGUGCUUUGUAAAUCCAACACAGUUUGUCAUCUCCCUUUUAAAGUAUUAAAUGUCUCCUUUUUUGACUAUAUAGAAGGGAAAUUUUUCAUUAAGAUGCCAAGAAUGCCUUAAGACAUUGUCACGUGUAUCUGAAACUCAGUAUUUACUGGAUGAGAAAGAAUUGUUAAAGUCAUUUCUUUGUUAAGAUGCAGUUCUGUUCAGCCCAAAGCUUAAAAGCUCAUUGUCAGGGCUUGGCAGUCAGUUGUCACUGGAAUUUCCAGAAGAAAGUUCCUGAUUAUAAACGCUGAAAUGAAAAAUCUCAAAAUGCAGUCCUGUAGCUUUCAGCUAAGGGCAAGACCUUGGUAAACCAGCUGAGCAGAAACUUUCAGAGCAACAAAGCUACUGUUCAGCUCAGGGCACUUGAAGGAGUUUAUGCAAAGCAGUGUAAACAGCCCCGCAGUUGAUUUUUAUUAGCACCACUGUAGCAGCCUGGUGUCAUGUUGUAACUAACCAUCAAUAUGUCUGUUUUUAAAGAGAAACUUCCACUUGUGUUCAUAUCCCUUUAUUGAAUUAGUAGAGUGGGACAAAUGAUGAGAAGUUGCUAAGGACAGAAGUUGCCACUUUCUAAUUCCAUGGAGUUGUUAUUUACCACUACUUAAAAGAAGCAAACAGUCAAAUCACAGAAAUGUAGAAGUGAAAUUAUUCAAGCAGAGUAAUAAUGCAUACAACAACAUGUUCCUACUAAAGAGUCUUUCUAGAGGCAUGAAUGCUUAGUUUGCAAAUCAUCACAUGAGAUCAUUAAAAGCUUUCCUAACAGCUGUAAGAUUCCUGGGAGUAAUUCUCCAACUGACUAGUAAUGCAU